UCACAUGGCAGCCAGGUGGACAAUCAGACAUGGUUUGAUGCUACUCUGGUUUAAAGAUUUCAUGAAUGAAACUGAGAAGUAACAAUUCUUAGACCCAACAUUUCAACACUCCUGUCCAGUGCCUUCAUCAGGGGUGAUCUAAAUGCUGCAACAGGAGGUCCUUUUAUAUGCUCACUAAUGAACUACCCUUUUUUCUGACAAGGUGUAGAUAGGCGUCAGGAAGUAAGCAGCCAUCAUCACAACUUAAAGGAGUGUGGGCAGAGUUAAUAUUCCAGGCUUCCAAACAAAGGUGCUGGUGGUAACACUGAUGAGUGGUGAUAAUUUUAGACAUCCCACCCAAUUGCAUGUUUGGUUAAGCAUGUGUGCUCCAAUAAAGCUGAAUUUUCUUUUUUGCAAAAGUACCGUAUUUCUUCACCUAUAAGCUGACCUCGGCUAUAAGUCGAGACCCGAAAAGUUAGAGACCUUCAACAGACUCGGGGAGGAAAGAAUCUGAUUGGUGGACAGAAAUACGUUCUUGUCAUGUCAAUUUUAAAGCAUGUCACAUAAAGAGUGCUGCAGUCACAGAAUUAACAGUCAUUUUGGAUUAACAUUAAAUUUGUACCUGUUUUUGAAUCCCAAACCCUCGGCUAUAAGCCGAAUCCCUUUCUUAUGAAAAAAUCUCCCAACCUUUUUUGUCAAAUACUGAAAAAUCGCUCGGCUUAUAGGUGAAGAAAUACCGUAGGCCACUUUUUGAUGCUCUUUCAAAGGUGUACCAAACCGAUGUUUGGUCUGUCUGAUAUACUCAUUAUGACAGUCAUUGCAUGGAAUAGAAUAAAUAGCGUCCAUUCCUUGUUCUUUCACAACAGGAUCCUUAGGUUUGGCAAAAAUAUACCCCAAAGUCUGAAAAGGGUUUUUAGCAACUUUAACGUUGUGGCUAUUCAAAAUUCUCUUGAUGGGUUCCAUAAUACCCUGAAUGUAAGGAAUAACAGCAAAACCAAUCCCUGGUUCCCUCUCAUGAGAAGUGCUACUAGUUGUAAAUAGUUUUUGGCAGUUACGGAUAAAAGCUUUUGUAUAGCCAUUCCUCUUUAGGACAUUGGAAACAUAUUUCCUCUCCUUAGCCUUUGAAUUGAGUGAAGAUGGUAGACAGUCAACCUUUUUCAUUGCAGUUGAUGAGUGCCACCCAAACAGAGAAAUUAGAAAAAAUGCCAAGCCCCAUAGAUUUCCCCAAACAUAAUCAAACUUUUACAAAGAAAGAAACAAUUAUAAAAGAAGGCCAAGAAUAGUAAUAAUGAUGAUACAUGGCUGUUAUAUAAAAAUAAGAGCAACCUUUUGAAGAAAGAAUGCUACAAGGUCCACUGGGAAUACCUUAAUAGAUUGGCAAACAAUCUGUUCAAUGACAGAAAUGAACAAAAGCUUUUCUGGAAUUAUUUAAGGUUGAAAAAUAAUGGAACAAAUGAUCUAAUCAUUCUCCAGCUUCAUAAUGGUGACAUUUUAACAAAUGAAAGCAAUAUCACUGAAUCCAUGGAUGAAUACUUUGCAUUAGUUUUUACAAAGGAGUACUCAUCUAAUUUCCCAUUAUUUAACCAAAAUUAUCAAAGACACUGA